AUUCUUAGGCCUCUGACAAUUCCUGUAUAUUGAAGAAGAGAGAUAGAGGAAGAGUUACAUUUCUGAAAGGUGAAAAAGUUGAAUAAUUACUCAUUUUCUGGACUGUACUGGUUUUUCACUUCAGAAGAAACAAUGGAAAGUCAAGAAUUUAUUGUUCUGUAUACUCAUCAAAAGAUGAAGAAGUCAAAAGUGUGGCAAGAUGGAAUUCUGAAGAUCACUCACUUAGGAAACAAAGCAACGUUAUAUGAUGAUAAAGGAGCAUGCUUGGAAAGUCUGUUUCUUAAGUGCCUUGAGGUGAAACCUGGAGAUGACUUAGAAAGUGAUCGAUACUUAAUCACAGUUGAGGAGGUUCGAGUUUCUGGAAGCACAGUAAUGAAACAGAAUGUCACUAAAGGAGCACCGGGGUCAAGGAAGUUCAUAUCGUCUGGCCGAUCACUUGGAUGUCAGCCUGCAGGUUUAAAAAGGAAGUAUACUGGUUUUCAAGUACCACAUCAGGUCCCAAAGAAAAUGGCUUUUACAGAAAAUGAUAAAUCAGCGGCAUCACUUGAGGCUGAGAAACCUGGUGCUACCUUUUUUCCUCCAUUCUACAGCAUACCUGCUUUGUUUUCUCCUGUAGACAAGAAAGAUAUAAGUCAUAUGCCAGUAGACCUUGAGAAUACUGUCAUUAACAGGAACACAGAGGAGAAUGGCAUGCCUUCUUCAUUUGUUUCUACUUCAGCCUUCAAGAUUGACCCAAACAUGCUAAGCGAAGAAAAUUCUUUUUUCUCUCCUAUCAGUUCCAAAAGUCAGCAUUCCAUCUCUUUACUGACCAGUGAGCCUCACUGUCAAGAAGUUUCACAAAACAUCAGAAGCAAAGCACAGAUAUUAGCUCUUCUGAAGUCUAAAUCAACUAUUACCUGUAAAGACUUAAAUCCUGAGAUUACAGGACAGAUACAACCACAAGGAAGGUUAAAAAUUCCUGCUGAACCAAAGUACUUAAUUCAACAGGAAGAGUGUGCUGAGGCAAAGGGCACAGAAAAUUUACAUUGUGAGCAUCAGUCAGAAAAUACCAUGAAAAAUAAAAGCCAGUGGGCCUUUUAUCUACCCUCUCAGAGUUCACCUGAAUGUUCUACUAUAGAAGAGAAUGAUACAGGAAGAAAGCCUGAAGCCCCAAAAGAUAAUACAAAUUUGAACUUGAAAGACCUUUUGGUACAAAAAAAUGUACAGAUCUUUGAAUCAUGUGCUGAAAGGGGGGAAAAGUAUAAUGAAGACAAGCCAGUAAAUAAUAAUGAUCAAUUCUGGAAUCAAGAAAAAAAAAUAGAAAUUCCUUCAUUCUGUGAAAGGAGCAGUUUACUGAUUAGUUGUAGAAGUGCAGAAAAUGAUUUAUUAUCAAAAUAUGACAUUCAAGAAAAUAAAUUAUCUUUUAGUCACAAUGACAAGAUGUGCAUGGAAGGAUCAGUUUGCAUUAGAGAAAAUGCUCAGGAGGUAAAUCCAUAUAGAACACCAGGACAGGAGUACCAACCAGAGUCAUCUCUGGCAGAAUCAGAACAUCUACAAAUUGAAUCUUCUGUAGGUAACAACUCUGCAAUCUCUGAGGACAUUACAGACAUGUUUUCUAAAAGUGAUACUCAUAGUGACAGUCUGAAUACUUUUCAUGGACCUUCACAUCCAUUUCUAGAGGUAACUUUUAAUUUAAGCAGUUUUGAGACCAGUGAUACUGAGGAGGAAUCACAGGAAAGCAACAAAGAUUUCCAGGAUUCAGAGAGUUUGGAAAAGGAAAUUUUGGUUAAUGAUGGCAAUUCCUUUGUUCAAAAGAGCUGUGAGGAUAUAAACUGUCAAAAAAUUGAUAGUGAACAUUUACCACUCUUAACAUCUGUUGGUGGCAAAGCUACAGAGAUAUGUCCUAUUAAAGAGACUCUGCUGUCAGAGUUUUGUGAUAGAACUUGUGUGGGGUUUGACUCAGGACCUUAUAAAGAGAGAAACAGUGGAAAAGCAAUAGAGGAACAGUAUAGUGACACAUUAAGCAAUUUUGACUCAUCGUUAGAGUGGAAUGAUGUAGAUGGCAAAGAAGAUACUGAGAAAUCUAUCCAAAAAAUUGGAGUUAGCUAUGAUUUUGAUUCACCCUUGAAUAAGUCUGAAGGUAUAAACAGGAAUUUACAUAUUCCUCAUUUUUCAAACACAGUUACUAUUCAGACUCCUAAAAAUAAUGACAUAUCUUCAGAAGAUGCUCAACCUCAGUCUUUUAUUUUGGGAAGUGACUUAGACAAAAAUGAUGAACAGGUUUCGCCUCUAAUCUCUAGCAGUGACAACAGUAACCAACUAUUAAAUACCAAUCAGGAUCACUCUGAAUGUAUUGCAUGUGAUAAAUCAAAUACCCAAGUUUCCAAUUCUUUGUUGUACCUUCUGGGAAAAAACAAUCUUGUUUCCAAGACAGAAACACUUAUUCCUGAAUUUGAAGAUUUAGGAAGGAUUAGAGAUUUACUCCAUGACCAUAUUGAAGUUGAAACAGCAAGAAAAAGCGAACAAUCCUGGGAUAAUUCUCAAAAUUGUUCAGAACAUUCUGGAAUAGUAAAUAACAUGUCCCUCUUAAAGUCCUUGUCUGAACACAGUACAGCUUUAGAAAGCUUGGAAGUUCUGAAAAAGAAAAACACUGCUUUUCAACGACAAGGAACUGAACAGACAUAUGAGCCAGAUAGCAGUCCUGAAGCUAGGAAACCAUUUGCUACAGUUGUUUCACAAGCUCUAUCAGUGUCUUCUUAUCUAAAGCAGGAUUCUCAACAGAUGCUAAAAGAAAAUGAAGUUGAACCAAGUGAACCAUUUGAGUGUCUGCAAUUGUUUUCCUUGAGAAGUGAAGAAGAAACUGCUUUUCCAGCUGUUAUUCCUAAGCAAAUACGAAAAACUUGUGACCCUAAGUCUGUUGAGUUUCAAGGGCAUUAAGUGAAAGGAUCAGCUAGUAGUGGUUUAAUGGUCAGAGGAAACAGCUCACAGCUAGGAUGCAGUCAGUUUCCAGAUAACAUUGACUAUGAAAACUUCAUGACAGAUGCUUGCCUUCUGACACCAAAGUUGUCUAGCAUUUGUAUGCAGACUGACUUCUUGCAGGUAACAUCACCAGAACAAAAGAUCUCUCUGUCAAGCCCUGUUUCUACUUCUUUGAAUUCAAGAAAUGAAGACUUUGUGCAUGAGUUCUCUGAGGAAUCCCUGAAAGCAAGAACUUUACCUGGUGACUUUCUCUUCCUCAGCUUGGAGGAUACAUUCUGUUUUCUUUUAGGAAUGAAAAAAUUUAGUGCUCUGGAGAGUAAGAACCUUCAAAGGCUUCCAUUAGUAAAUAGAGGCCAAAUUCCUUUUACUACAUUGCCACUUGCUGAUGUGCCAGAUGACUUAGAUUCUUGUUCAUUUGUGAUUGACUAUGACACACAAGAGUCUUCUGGUUCUCCUGUGUUCAACUUGUGUGAAGAGUCAGCAGUUCUUCCUUUUAGCUUUGGGCCUGAGGACCAAAGUGAUACUUCUUCUGAAGAAUCUAGGAAAGUGACUUUGGGAGAUGUUUCACUGCUCCAUAAUAAGUCUGCUCAAAGCAAGUGGCUGAAAUAUCAAAACGUAUCUCAAUGCAACUUGACUGCUCUAAACAGAAUUGAUAAGGAAGUAAUGGAUGGAUGCUUUGCUGAGGCUGUUUCUGGGAUGCAUUUUAGUGACACAAAUGACAAGCAGAAGGAUGCUAUGAUUGACAGCUCUUCAGAGUCUGUGCAUUUGCAAAUGAUAAAGGACAUGCUCUAUCAACAGCAGCAGGAUUUUAGCAGUCAAGAUUUGUUUUCCAGAAACAAAGCACUUUCUUUGAAUUUAAAGCAGACUUCCAAGCCUGAGGAAAUUCAAGAUGUGUUAGGAAGGUCUGCCUGCUUCAACUACAGUGUAAAGGAUUUACAGGAGAUAAAUGGCUCUGAGCUAUGCUUCCCAAGUAGGCAGAAAAUAAAAUCUGCUUAUCUUCCUCAAAGGCAAAUCCACAUCCCAGCUGUUUUUCAGUCUCCUGCACAUUAUAAGCAGAUCUUUACAUCUUGUAUCAUAGAACAUCUAAAUAUAUUGCUGUUUGGGUUGGCCCAGAGGUUGCACAAAGCUCUUUCAAAAGUUGACAUAUCAUUUUACACAUCGCCCCAAGGAGAGGAUCUGAAAAAUGUAGAAAAUAAUUUGCCAUCUUGCCAUCAUAAUCAACCUGCCAAACUUAUCAUGGUUAAAAAAGAAGGUCCAAAUAAGGGUCGUCUCUUUUAUACAUGUGAUAGACCCAAAGCUGAUCAAUGUAAAUUUUUCAAGUGGCUUGAGGAAGUGACUCCAGGAUUGUUAACACAGGAAGAGUCUCGGCCCAGUAUGGUUUUAAGUGAUAUUAAGAGUAUUGGCUUGUAUUUAAGAAGUCAAAAGAUCCCAGUCUAUGAGGAAUGCCAGCUUUUGGUGAGAAAAGGAUUUGAUUUUCAGAGAAAACAAUAUGGCAAACUAAAGAAAUUUGCUACUAUAAAUCCUGAAUUUUAUAGUGAAACAAAAAGCAAACUUUAUCUUAAGCUGAGUCGGAAGGAAAGUUCUUCUGUCUAUGGAAAAGAUGAUCUGUGGGUGAUUUCAAAAACCCUAGACUUCGAGCUAGAUACUUUUGUUGCAUGUAGUGCUUUCUUUGGACCAUCAUCUAUCAAUGAGGUGGAGCUCCUGCCUUUGAAAGGCUAUUUCCCUUCUAACUGGCCCACUAACAUAGUGGUCCAUGCGUUACUGGUUUGUAAUGCCAGCACGGAGCUGACUACUUUGAAAAACAUUCAGGAUUACUUUAAUCCAGCUACUUUACCUCUAACACCACACCUAUUAACAAUGUCUUCAUUAACGACAGGUAGCAAUAAGGGGGUCAAUAGGAGAAAAUUUAUUCCACCAGCCUUUGCAAAUAUCAACACAAAAUUUGAACUACUCAGCCUAGAAGCGACAUUGCAAUUAGCUACUGAGUUUAUUCAGACACACAGCUUAAACAAGGACCAAGCUACAGCUCUAAUUCAAAUAGCUCAAAUGAUGGCAUCCCACAAAAGUGUUGAAGAAGCGAAGGAUCUGUGUACACAUACCCUGCCUAUCACAGUCAUACAUGGUGUUUUUGGAGCAGGAAAAAGCUAUUUGCUGGCAGUGGUGAUUUUGUUCUUUGUACGGCUAUUUGAAGAGAGUGAAGCUCUUACAGUUGGAAAUACAAAGACAUGGAAGCUUCUGAUUUCUUCUUCCACCAAUGUAGCUGUUGACAGAGUACUUCUUGGCCUUCUCAGUCUUGGAUUUGAAAAGUUUGUCAGAGUUGGGAGUGUUAAGAAGAUUGCCAAGCCAAUUUUACCCUAUAGUUUGCAUGCAGGCUCAGAAAAUGAAAAUGAACAAUUAAAAGAACUACAUGCACUAAUGAAGGAAGACCUGACUCCUGUGGAAAGAGUGUAUGUGAGAAAAAGUAUUGAUCAGCAUAAACUGGGGACCAACAGGACCCUACUGAAGCAGGUUCGAGUUGUUGGUGUUACAUGUGCAGCCUGCCCAUUUCCGUGCAUGAAUGACCUUAAAUUCCCUGUGGUAGUGCUGGAUGAGUGUAGUCAAAUGACUGAACCUGCCUCUCUCCUUCCCAUUGCAAGGUUUGAGUGUGAAAAACUGAUUCUCGUUGGAGACCCCAAACAGCUGCCUCCUACUAUUCAGGGUUCUGAUGCAGCUCAUGAAAAUGGAUUGGAGCAAACUCUUUUUGACCGACUUUGCUUAAUGGGUCACAAGCCAGUUCUAUUGAGAACCCAGUACCGUUGUCACCCUGCCAUCAGCGCUAUUGCUAAUGAUCUGUUUUAUGAGGGAAACCUCAUGAACGGCAUUUCAGAAACGGACAGGAGCCCUUUAUUGGAGUGGCUACCCACCCUGUGUUUCUACAACGUUAAAGGACUGGAGCAGAUUGAAAGAGAUAGCAGCUUUCAUAACAUGGCAGAAGCUGCUUUUGCACUCAAGCUGAUUCAAUCGCUGAUGGCAAGUGGAAUAGCGGGCUCUAUGAUUGGAGUGAUAACGUUAUACAAAUCCCAGAUGCAUAAGUUUUGUCAUCUACUUAGUGCAGUGGACUUUGACCAUCCCGAUUUGAAAACUGUGCAGGUGUCCACAGUAGAUGCUUUCCAGGGAGCUGAAAAGGAGAUCAUUAUUCUGUCUUGCGUGAGGACAAGACAAGUAGGAUUUAUUGAUUCAGAAAAACGAAUGAAUGUUGCAUUGACCAGAGGAAGAAGGCACUUGUUGAUUGUGGGAAAUUUAGCCUGUUUGAGAAAAAAUCGACUGUGGGGGCGUGUGAUUCAACACUGUCAAGGAAGGGAAGAUGGAUUGCAACAUGCAAGCCAGUGUGAACCACAGCUGGACCAUCUUCUUAAAGAUUAUGUUGAAAAACAAGCAGAAGAAAGACAAAAAAGUGAAAAAGGGAAAUCUAAAGAUAAAUCUCAUUCACUAAAAGACAUGGUCUAGGAAUUUUGUAUUUAUGUAAAUUGAGAUUCAUUUACACUAUAUAUAUAUUAUAUUUUUUAUUCACAACCCUUGUUAUAGAGAAAAACCUAUCUUCAUGAUAUUUAAAUAACAU